UCUCUUUUGCUGGUCGAGGAUUCCCGACAUCACCAAAAUGUCGACUGCUCGAGACCGAUUUUAUCUAUGGAGGCAGCGUUCACCUUCUUGUUUUUCGCCAGAGUCAAAUUCAAGAUUGAAUACGUUUUCGAAGACAUCCUGCCGUGGAAGAGGGAAGACGUCACGUGGCAGCCGGGCUGCUCGCAUUCCGCUCUCAUGGAGCGACCACGCGGUCUCUUUGACAUGACCGACGAGCAAGUCACCGCAUACAACGCCGAGCGACAGAAGAGGGAAGACGUCUUAUGGCAGCCGGCCUGCUCCUACUCUGCCCUCAUGGAGCGGCCCCGCGGUCUGGUUGAUAUGACCGACGAGCAAGUCACCGCAUACAACGCCGAGCGACAGAAGCGCGCCAAGGAGCAAGUCACCGCAUACAACGCCGAGCGACAGAAGCGCGCCAAGGAGCAAGCCGCUGCAAACAGCAAUCGAUGGAUUGCAAAAGAGCGUGCCCAGGACCUCAAGGGGUACCAGGCUAAGAGGCUCAAGUCACGAUUGGCAUGGCAAGGCAAGAAAAAAACAAGGACAAGGUCCUUGCGACGGCAGUUGGUGUCCGCGCCCGCGCCGUGGCCUCUUGACGACACGAAUGCAAAAUUUGCGACCAAGGCCCAUCUCGAGCAAGUCCGGCUCGCCGAGGGCGGCGCCCCCAAAGUUGUGUCUGUUGAGACGACCAGGUGCAGAAAGUUUUCAGCCAAGCACAAGGCAGCAAAAACCUACUACUGCCCUGUUUGCGAUCGGGCAUUCAACACCAAGGCUCAUCUCAAUAAACACAACGCCUCCAAGAAACACCUGGCCAAAAUUGCUGCCGCUGCCGCCAAAGCUGCUGCUGCUAACGCCAAGCGACGGAAACAUGUUAAAGAGCAACAUGCAAUUAAAGGCAAGCGCUGGGAGGCCGAGCAGCGUACGACAGAUCUCAAAGGAUAUCUGGCGAAAAAACUCAGGCAAAAGUUGGCCUGGGAGGCCAAAAACAAAGACAAGGUCUUAGCGACAGCAGUCGGUGUCUGCGCCCGCGCCGUCGCCCCUUGAAAUCACAACUGCAC